CACACAGACUGCUGGGAGCGCUGCAGAGUUUGUUGUGCCCGAAAAGAAAGAGAUGAGAUGCUCCCAUGGACCCGAGUGAUUACCAACCCUUGGCCUGAUGGGUCCAAAGGUACAGCAACCGAGGUCUGAGGAGACCACCGUGCGUGUGGCUAUUAGGGUUCGGCCCUUGUUGCCAAAGGAAGUACUUCAUGGACAGCAGACCUGUGUAUGGACAGAUGAAGAUCAGAAGAAACUGACUUUGGGCACAAACAAACAUUUCCUGUUUCAGGAUGUGCUGGAUGGCACUUGUGACCAGGAGGCAGUGUACAGCUUGUGUGUGCAACCUCUGCUUGAAGCUUUCUUUCAAGGCUUCAAUGCAACUGUGGUUGCCUAUGGUCAGACUGGCUCAGGAAAGACCUACACCAUUGGGGAAGCAAGUAUAUCUUCCAUCUCUGAAGAUGAGCAAGGAAUUAUUCCUCGUGCUAUGGCUGAAAUUUUCAAGCUUGUUGAUGAAAAUGAUCUUAUUGACUACACUAUACGUGUUUCAUACCUGGAAGUGUACAAGGAGGAAUUCAAAGAUCUUCUUGAAAUGCAAACAUCCAGUAAGGACAUUCUCAUACGGGAGGAUGAUAAGGGAAAUAUUGUGCUGUAUGGUGUAAAGGAAACUGAAGUGGAGGGACUGGAUGAGGUGCUCAGUCUUCUGGAAAUGGGAAAUACAGCUAAACACACUGGAGCCACUCAAGUUAAUGCCCGUUCAAGCCGUUCACAUACAAUCUUCACUGUCACUAUGGAACAGAGGAGGGUUGUUGGGCGUUUUACGAGAAUGGCUACUGGGGAUGAUAAUUAUUUAGAAAUUGGCCAAGUUCUGUCCUCCAAAUUCCACUUUGUAGAUCUGGCAGGUUCUGAACGAGUAUUGAAAACAGGCAACACUGGAGAGAGACUAAAAGAAAGCAUUCAAAUUAACUCAGGCCUGCUGGCCCUUGGUAAUGUAAUCAGUGCCUUAGGAGACCCAAAACGGAAGAGUACCCACAUCCCUUACAGAGACUCAAAGAUCACAAGGAUAUUGAAGGAUUCUCUUGGUGGAAAUGCAAAGACGGUUAUGAUUGCUUGCAUAAGCCCAUCAGCAGCUGACUUUGAUGAAACUUUAAACACUCUGAACUAUGCAAGUCGUGCUCAGAAUAUUAAAAACAAAGCUACUGUCAACUGUAAUAAAGAAGCAGAGUGUGUGGAAAACCUGCAGCUACAAAUUAAAUCUCUCCAGCGUGCCCUAGAACAAAGGCACCGAUCAGAAACCCGAAUACUAAACAGAUCUGAUGCUCCAAAGUCUCUGUCCCGACGUCCUAUGGAGGACCAUGUGACCCGUUUACUAGCAGAAUGUGCACAUUAUAGAACAUGCACGGACACUGGUUAUAUCCUUUUUAUGGAACUCCUGUCAGAAGGAUGCCUAUCUCCCUCCCAAGUCCUGAGGGCUAAGGAUUGGAUGUGUUCAGUAGAAGAGGAAAGGAGUGAAGUGACCUCAGCCUCAGGUCUGGACAGUGGGAUUGAAAGUUCCACUGUUGAGGAAGCCACAAAGGACCCAGCCAGGAGACAAACAAAGAGCAAGGGAGUACUUAGAUUUGAAAAUGACUGUGAUACAGAUAAGACAGACAAAUGUAUUGAGGACCUACGGAGUCAAAUCCAGCGCCUAGAAGAUGAGAACAGGGACUUUCUUGCAGCUUUAGAAGAUGCCAUGGAACAAUACAAAUUACAGAGUGACAAGCUGCAAGAACAGCAAGAUGAAAUCACUAAGUUACAGGCCUGCCUGAAGCGGUUAGGGCCUGGCCUUCCUGUGUCUGCUCUUUUAGAAGAUGUUCAUUUGCAGCUUGGAGGAAGACCAAAUACUGCACCUCUUAUUAAAAAAUCUUCACUUAUUACUUCUCAGAACCAAUCUAAACUCUCAUCUAUGACUAAAAAGUUUUCCAGCAGUAUUAGCCCUUUAUCGAAAGAGUUUACUGAGAGCUUUCACUUUGGUACCCAGAAUCUGUUCUCCAGCUUGGCAGAGGCUGAUACUGUCCUUUCCCGACAGUUUAGUGAAGAUUCUGUGGAGGAUUCUGAUGAAGAACAGAGAUGGGGUAAUGAGCAUUGUGAAAAGGAAAUGGAGAAGCCCCUCAAUUUCCAAAUACUUAAAAUAAAGACCAAGGCGGAAAUCAACCCUGUAUCUGAUAGAAUUCUUAAAAACUGUACUGGGUUGGCACAGGACAGUGAGGUUGAAGAGGUGCCACUGGAAGACGGGGACAUGAAUGAAUCACCCUACAGGAGGAGAGCACAUGAUUUGGUACAAGAAGGCUGUUCCCUUGGAAAGGACUCUAAGUGGACACUGCGCCAAGCACAGCAAAAGAUUCGAGAAUUGGCCAUCAACAUCCGCAUGAAGGAGGAACUCAUUAAGGAGCUUGUUAAAACUGGAAGGGAGGCUCAAACCAUGAAUAAACAAUACUGCCUGAAAAUCUCUGAGCUGGAGAACGAAGUUGAACAAGUGAGAGUGGAAGUCAAUGAAAGCCAAAAGCAGCUGCAGGAGCUGGAGGGGAAGGAGUCCCGUGAUCCUGUAGAAAAGUGCAAGCUUCAGGAAUACCGCAAGAAGAUAGCAGCUGCAGAGAGCAAAGUGCAGGUGCUAAAAGAAAAGAAGCAGGCCACAGAGAAGUUAGCUGCACUCUCUUCACAGAACGAGAGGCGAGUCCAAGAUCUUGAGAAGAACAUAAUACAAAUGAAGCAACAACAGGGUCAUCUGCAAAAGAAACUGAAAGAGGAGACUGAGCAGAAUCGCCGCUUAGAGACUGAAAUGCAGAAGCGGAAGCACAGGGUCAAAGAACUCGAGCUUAAACAUGAACAGCAACAAAAGAUUUUGAGGAUCAAAACAGAGGAGAUUGCUGCUUUCCAGAGGAAGAGGCGAAGUGGCAGUAAUGGUUCAGUUAUAAGCAUGGAGCAGCAGCAAAAAAUUGAAGACCAGAAGAAGUGGCUGGAUAGCGAGAUUGAUAAAGUGCUGGAGCAACGCCGUGCUUUAGAUGAGUUAGAAGAAGAACUUAAGAAAAGAGAGGGCAUAUUGAUUAAGAAGGAGGCGCUUCUUCAGGAGAAGAAUGACUUGGAGUUCAAAAGGCUUCGAUCCAGCCAGGCUCUAAAUAAUGAUAUUGUAAGAGUUUCCAGUCGCAUUGAAGAUUUGGAGAAGGAACUAUAUGAGAAGAAUGGGCAACUUCGGGAGGGCAGUGCCAACGACCAGCAGCGUAUACGAGAUGAGAUCAAUAACCUCAGACAAGAGAAAGAUCUCCUGUUAAAGCAACGAGUGGAUAUAGAUGACAAGCUUAGACAAGGGAAUCUUCUUUCUGCAGAGGAAGAAAGGAUUCUCUUCCAGUUAGAUGAAGCAAUAGAGGCUCUGGAUGCUGCAAUUGAGUACAAGAAUGAGUCCAUCACUCGCCGACAGAGAGUCUUACGGGCCUCUGCUAGCCUUCUCUCUCAGUGUGAAAUGAACCUUAUGGCCAAGCUGAGCUACCUCUCCUCUUCUGAGACACGAGCUCUCCUUUGUAAAUAUUUUGACAAGGUGGUUACACUGCGCGAGGAGGAGCACAAACUGCAGAUUUCAUUCUCUGAGUUGGAAAUGAAGUUGGAGGAGCAGCAGCACCUUGUAUACUGGCUGGAGGUUGCACUGGAGCGCCAGAGGCUAGAAAUGGAUCGUCAACUCACCCUGCAACAAAAAGAACAUGAGCGAAAUGUCCAACUACUGCUAAAACAAUGUCAAGACCAAAUAGGAGAGGGUCUGGCUGGAAGCAAGAGACAGUACGAGGUUACAAUUCAAAUGCUUCAGAAGGAACUUGGAUGGUAUAUGUGGGCUCACCAGGAACUCAGUCAAAGAUUAAGUAAAUGUACUCUUUCUCCUGUGAACCCUACAGGGUUUCCUACCAAGGUGAUUCCUGGAGAUGGAAGACUUCUUCCCCCACCUGAUAAACAGAUGUCUUUAGUUGGGUCUUCAGAAGAAAGUGGUGUUGCCUCUGAUAUGAACAGUCAGAUUUUGGCUCCUGAUAGAAUCCAAAAGCCCAGAGAGGACUUAAUUCAUCUCCCUUUACCACCCACAUGGAGGCGCUCCUCUCUGCCUACGGACGAGCAGACUGGCCUUGACGAACUCCGUCACAAGGAGAUUGUUACAGAAACUAUCAGCAACAGAGUGAUGCAGUUAAAUGAUGGCUUUAAUCAAAGAGCAGCACUCUGCCUUCCGAAAUCCCGAAGAGACCUCCGAAGAUGUAAUGUUAACGCUAUGCCAUUUAUCUCUAAUGUGGAAAAGAUAGACGUACGGAAAAACCCAUUGUAGAAAUGCGUGGCAGUCUUUCUUUCCACUUUAUAUUUGUCCUGUUACAAAUUGUGUUGUGGUUCUUGCAAACUUUCAGCACACCACUGUUUUGUUUACAUGUUUUGUUUUAUUUAAACUGUAUUUUUCCAUGUUCUUUUGUUUGAGAUUAACAAGUGUAGAUGGAUAGUAAGGUAUAUAAUUGACAUCCCAAACUGGUAGAGGUACUUAGUGAGGAUCACAUAGAGCAAGUGUAGGAAUCUAGACAAUUGACCUAAAGAUUUUUAGAUAUUCUCUGCCUUAACACUUACUUUACAGACAAUUUUACAUCCACUGCCAUGUUGGUAAAUAGCUGCAAGUAUCAACAAUUAUGAGAGAGGUUUUCAGUUGUUGUGCUUCGUAACUACUUGAAAACAAACUCUUUACUCAAUACAAUACAUUUGCUCUACUGUCAGAAAAAGAGAUCAGAGCCACUGCAGUAAACUGUGUCACUGGUGAAUAACAUUUAUUCAUACUGCGGUGCAAGGGGUAAUGGACACAGUGUUUUCCUCACUAAGGGGAGCAGGUUUAAAGCUGUUGAUGAAUAAGAAACGUGCCUGUAUUGGGUCUGUCUCGUGUAUUUACUCCUGGAUUCUGUGCCUUUAACUUAAUAUAUGCCGUAAUGAACAGUCCAAUAACACUAAAUGCAAGCUACAUGCUUUUGUUGGCUUGUACGGUCUUCCUCUGAUGGAUCAUAUUUCUAUAGCUGCUUGUCAACUUUUAAAAAAUAAAUUGUAAAGAACACAUUUAAACACUUUAUGAUGUAGCAUUACCAGACAUGGCUUUGAGUAAUUUUGAAAGUUGUUAUAGGGCUAAUUAAACCUUUUUAAGAUUUCCAGAGCCAUAGCAAGGUAUUCUAUUACAGCUUCAAUAAACAGGUAAGAAGCAGUGUAUCAUUCAGCUGUCCAACUUUCUUUAUGCACCUUGUGUUGGAAUACAAAAAUGGUAUCCCCCUCAUCAGCUGGUGAUCAGGCAUAUUGCAUUCAUAUGGUUUCUCCAAGGCUUACUUAGAGUCUCAGCUAUAUCCUUUCCUAAAUUUAUUAUAAAAGCAAAACUCCCAUGAUACUUUGCAUUAUCGUCUUUUCUAUGUAACACCGUUGGCUCAUCUAUGCAGUAGCAACAGAACAGUUUACAUGUGCACAUUUAGUUAUUACUAUGUAAAAAGCUUCUUCUACCCUUUUGUAAUAUAGUUUUGUAAGGAUUUUUUUUGCAUU